AUGAAGAAGACGACCCAGGAAGCCCCUUGGCUCGGCCGCCGGCCUUCUCCAGUACUUUCCAAGAUGGACAUGGCGGCGGCGGCUGCACCGGCACCGGCAAAGCUAGACGAUCUGAAGGCAGAAGUUCAGGAUUCCUUUGAAGAAAUAAGGUUGGGCACGGAAUUUGACAGCAAGAUGGAGGAUAUGGAGGAUGAGGAAGCAGCCAUGAUUCGUGUUCUGCUCGUCGACGGCAGCUCCACUUGCCUCUUCAUCUUGGAGGCUCUCCUUCGCCAGUGCCAAUACCAUGUGAGUACAGCAGAGGGAGCAAUCACAGCACUUCGAAUUUUACGCGAUAACAACAGUCGAAUUGACUUGGUAAUAAGUGAAGUCGACUUGCCCGACAUGGACGGAUUUGUUCUGCUCAAGGAAGUGAGCCUCCGAAUGGACAUCCCGGUCGUAUUGGUGUCGUGGGACGAUAGUAAAGAACGGGUAUUGAAGGGGAUAAUGAACGGCGCGUGUGAUUAUCUGGUAAAACCUGUGAGGGUCGAGGAGCUAAAGAAUAUAUGGCAGCAUGUGGUGAGGAAAAAGUUGAGGAAGAAUAAGAAUGUUGAUGAUAAUAAGAUUGUUAAUCGUGUCGUGGGUGAAUCUCACGUGGAGAUGAAAGAAGCUUCCAACAAUAACAGUGUUUGUUUUAAUGAAAACCCGAAAAAUGACAAAAGGCACACCCGUGAUGAGGUGUCGUCGAAGCAGAAGAAGCCACGUGUCGUCUGGUCCCAAGAGCUUCACCGCAAAUUUGUUGCUGCCGUUGAUCAAUUGGGAGUCGACAAAGCUGUGCCGAAACGGAUCAUGGAGCUUAUGAACAUCGAAGGUAUUUCAAGAGAACAUGUGGCCAGCCAUCUCCAGAAACACAGAAUGCACCUGAAAAAGUCGAAAGGCGAGGCUGUGGGCCCACAACAAGCAAACAAUGCACCAUUAUUGUCGGGCGUGCCAUCGUUUAACAAUACUACUUAUAAUAAUAAUUAUGAUAAUCAACACAUGAUUAAUGGUGGAAAAUGUCCAACUUCAAUGGCCAAUCAUCAUCAUCAUCAAGAUGGUGAUAAUCGAGUAUUGGUUCAAGGAAUGCCAUUGCCGAUAACGGUCAUUUCGUUUAGCGAUGAUCGGCUUCUUUAUGAACUCCCUUCUCUCGGCUCGAUUGAUAAUUCGAGUCAACAUGAUUUGAUGCUGCCAGUGCCAGCUACUCGUGAUUCGAAUAGCCACAGCACGAGUUACAGCUUGAUAACGACGUGUCAGAAUAUUAUUCGUCGGGAGUUUCCUAAAGACCCUUCGACUGUUGGUUCCAUUACGAUGCAUGUGCUUCAAAAUAACAGCUCUGGACAUGGACAAGGACAAGCUUCCCACCAACCACUCUGA